CGGCGGCCCCCGGCGCCCGCCGGAGCUGCCGCCGCCUCCCGCCGCUGCCGGGGCUGAGGGCCCGCGGCGCCCGGCCCAGCCAUGGCUGCGUGCGGCUGUAACGCGCUCCUGGCCGCGGCCAGGGCCAGUUUCAGGGGCUCCCGUCUCCUGGCUCGCUGCAGCUCUCCGUGCUCCCCAGCCGCUGCUCUUGUCCAGCUGGUGGAUCCCCAGCUCACCUGGAGCUGCAGGGACUCCCAGAGCCAGCCCUGGGCACGCCGAGCCUGCCUGCCUCGCUCUCCUGCCCACGCCUUGCACACCUCCAGCAGCCCCCGGCAGCAGCUGCCAGGGGAGCCCCAGGGAAAGCCCAGGAACCAGGGGGCUAAAGCUGCUAAAAGCCUGGCCAAGCAAGUGGUGCCUCCUGCAGGGAGGAAAUCCUUGAGGCAGAGAGUGGUGGAUGAGCUGAAGCAUUACUACCAUGGGUUCCACCUGCUCUGGAUUGACACCAAGGUGGCUGCCAGGAUGGUGUGGAGGCUGCUGCACGGGCAGGUGCUCACCAGGAGGGAGAGGAGAAGGCUGCUGAGAACUUGUGCAGAUCUCUUCAGGCUGGUUCCCUUCCUGGUGUUUGUCAUUGUUCCCUUCAUGGAGUUUCUGUUACCUGUGUUCCUGAAGCUCUUCCCUGACAUGCUGCCCUCAACGUUUGAGACGGAGUCAAAAAAGGAAGAGAAGCUGAAGAAGAAGUUGAAUGCAAGGCUGGAAUUAGCCAAGUUCCUGCGGGAGACCAUUGCAGAGAUGGCCAAAAGGAACAAGGCAGACACAGGAAAAGGGAAACAAGUCUCCUUUUACCUGCACGAGCUCCGUCCCAGCGGCCAGCAGCCCAGCACACAGGAGAUUGUGCGUUUCUCCAAGCUCUUUGAGGACGAGCUGACCCUGGAGCACCUGGAGAGGCCCCAGCUGGUGGCCCUGUGCAAGCUGCUGGAGCUGCAGCCCCUGGGCACCAACAACCUGCUGCGCUUCCAGCUGCUGAUGCGGCUGCGCAGCAUCAAGGCCGACGAUGAGAUGAUUGCCAAGGAAGGGGUCAGUGGCCUGAGCGUGGCAGAGCUGCAGAGCGCCUGCAGGGCCAGAGGGAUGCGGUCACUGGGGCUCUCUGAGGAGCAGCUGAAGGAGCAGCUGGGGCAGUGGCUGGAUCUGCAUUUAAAGGAGAACAUUCCUUCUUCCCUCCUCCUGCUUUCCCGUGCCUUGUACUUAAUAGAUGUAAAGCCACAAUCUGUUCCCAUUCCACAGAGCAAGACAGCUGAAGCUGCUGGAGUGAUGACAUCUGUGCUUGAAGGUCAGGAGGCCCUCCUGGAUCCUGCCCCUGUUGUACAGGGAAGAAAGACUGAAGAAUUUGUGUCCCAGCCAACAGAGAAAUUGCCAUUCUCUGAAGCAUCAGUGAAGCCUCCCCCACGAGAGACCAAAAUGGAAGCAUCCCAGAGCAGCAAGGCUGGUGCCAAUGGAGCCUAACCUGGAGCCAGCACUGGGAGGAAGCAGCUUCCAUCUCCACAGCUCCUGCAAAGGGAGCAGGGAUUUCCCAGGAGGCUGCUCUACACAAGGAGGCAGUAGCCCUCAGGGGCCUCUCUUCUGUCCCAAGCUUGUUAGCAACUAGGCCACUGCUGUCUGGAUGGCCCCAGACAUCUCUUUUGUGCUGGAUCCUUGCCCUGCUACUUUUAACUUAUGGUGUAAAUAUGUUAAUAAUGGUGCUGCUGUCUGUGCUGUUCCUGAGCAGGUGUUUGUGCUUAGCAAAGGCAGCUUUUCAUGUUAGAAUGGCCUGUGCACAGAACAAGCUGGGCUGGGCUCCAGCAAAGCCUGUUCUGCAGUGUGAAAUCCUCUGCAGGAACAUCCCCACCCAGCCAGGGCCAGCAGCUUGUCCUGAGGGUCACAGCUCAGGCUCUUGGUCCUGAUUUGGGUGUUUUAGCCAGUGACCAGCCCACAGCAACCCACGUGGCCACAGUUUAACUGAGGAGGGUGGCCCCAGGGAGGGAGGGAGCAGCACUUGGUGUGGUAGGACUGAUCAGAAAGGCUUCAAGCCUUGCUGGACAGGAGCAGCCUCCACCUGUGAGUGUGGGAGCUGUGCAGGUGCCACACACUGUGACAGAAUCAGACUUGCACUUUCAGGAUCCCUCUGGGUCACAGGAGGGAGCAACCUGGACCUGCACACCUCUCCCAAGGGUGGAGCUUUGGUUAAUCCUCACCAGGCUCAGAAACACUCCAAGUGCUCUCCACACUUGCAAAAUGACUCCUCACAUGCUCAGUUUUUACCAGACUCUCAGAGGAUUCUGAAAAGCUGUUUUUAGCAUUUGUUAAAUUUUUUACUCUGUCCUAUGUAAAUACUGAGAAAUUACUCACAUUAUGGAUUUUAAAUAUGUAUAUAUUUAUACUUACUGUAAAAUUAGAUUUGGUGCUAAGUAGGAAUGAAAUGUCUCUUCCAGAGGUCAGCCAGCCUUUAGAACAACCCGACUGAGAGCCAGUUCUCCAAGCUCAGGUAGGAGCAGCACUUUAAACCUGAGGCCUGAGGCUCCUGCAGCAGCACAGAGCCAGCUGUCAGGUGUCCUGUGUCCUUAGCUCUGUACCUGAACCUCUCCUUGUUCACCCAGCCCGUCCACAGUGCUGGGUCUGUGUCUAAUAAAUGGAACAAAUGUUGUUUCAAUAAAAUAACACCUUGCUGUGGAGU